AUGAGUUUUCAAAGGAGUCUAUUUUUAGCGUAUGUCACCACUUCAAGUGCUUCUGCUGCCUCUGCUGCUUCAUCAUACUCAAUCGCUUCUGGUUGUUCUUUGUCAUCAGCCACUGCUUCAUCCCAAUCAGAUUUAGACAAAUAUUCUAGCUGUGAAGCUUUAAGAGGUGAUUUAACCAUUACUGGUGAUUUAAGCAGUGCUUCAUUAGACCAUGUUAAAGCUAUUUACGGUUCUUUGAUCAUCAACAAUGCCACCAGCUUGGGUUCUUUCAGUGCUGGUUCAUUGACCACUGUUACUGAAAAAUUAUCUUUAACUUCAUUAACCAUCUUAUCCACUUUACAAUUCCCACAAUUAACCACUGUUGGUUCAGUUAACUUUGUUACUUUACCAGCUUUGAAUGAAAUUUCUUUGAACACUGGUAUUACCAAAAUUAACUCUUUAUACAUUUCAGAUACUUCAUUAGAAACUUUAAGUGGUUUUGAUGUUCGUUCAUUAGAUACUUUUAACGUUAACAACAACAAAAACUUGAACUCUAUUGAUUCUCAAUUACAAAAUGUUAAAGUUGCUUUAGAAGUUUCCUACAAUGCUGAUGAAGUUGAAGUUUCAUUCGAUGAUUUGGAAUGGGCUAACAAUAUUACUUUCCGUGAUAUUUCUUCAAUUUCCUUAUCAAAAUUAGAAACUGUUAAUGCUUCAUUAGGUUUCAUCAACACUUCAUUAGAUAAAAUUGAAAUCUCAAACUUGGGUUCAGUUGGUGGUUCUUUAACUUUUGUUUCAAAUGAUGAAUUGGAAGAAAUUGAUUUAUCAAACUUGACUUCUAUUGGUGGUGGUUUCGAUAUCUCAAACAACACUCACUUGAAAGAUAUUGAAGGUUUCGACUCAUUAGAAACUGUUGGUGGUGCCGUUGUCUUUGUUGGUAACUUUACUAAUGCUUCAUUACCAUCAUUGAAGAGAGUUUCAGGUGGUAUGGAAAUUGAAUCAUCAGAUGAAUUUGAUUGUGAUGAAUUCAACAAGAAAAAAUCUGCUAUCCAAGGUGAUGCUUAUGUCUGUAAAGCUGCUUCAUCAUCAACCUCUGUUGCUUUAUCAUCAACUUCAGGUUCAGGUUCAUCAACUGGUUCAGGUUCAUCCUCAUCCACUGGUUCAGGUUCAUCAGGUUCAUCAUCAUCAAGAUCUUCAGGUGAUGCUGCUGGUUUAGUUGUCUUCCAAGCUACUUCAAUCUUCAGUGGUAUCGCUGCUGUUGUUUUAGCUUUAUUAUAAGUUGACACA